AUGUCGUACCAGAACGGCUACGAGUAUGGUGGACAGUAUGCAGGCUACCGGGGCUCCGACUCGGGCCAGCAAACGCAGCAGCAGUACCUUUUGAAUCAGGACCAAUACCACCAUCCCAUGGUCCUCAUCCCGUCGCAGCAGCCAAGACAUGAUGUCUCCAACUUCCAGACUCCGUCUCAUCGGCCUUACUCUCAACAACAACCCAUCUCUCAGCCUCCUCCUGGAUUCUACCAACAGUCCCCCUCGCAGUACCAGACCCCACCGCAGCAGCAGGGCCAGCAGUCAUAUUACCCGCAGUCGCAACCGCAACCUCAGCAAUACUACGCGUCACAAGGAUAUGUCCAGCAACGUUCUCAGGGCCAGUACUAUCAACCUCAACACAACUACGCGCAGCCACCGCGCCCAUCACCUACGCAGAGUCAGGCUCAACCGCCAUAUCAGAGGCCAUAUCAGCAGCAGUCUAGGCAGCCAUCACAGGCCUCUCCGCUCCUGCCACCUCAGCCGAUUCAAUCGCCAGAUCCGCUUCAAGGACCUUCAAAUCUGAACCGAGCACAGGUUCAACCGUCUCAGCAGCACCGUCCGGCUCAAGUUCAACCACCACGGCCUCAGCGGUGGAGUAGCCAGCAAACCCGGACUCCUUCGUCCCCGAUCCCGAGCCACCCUCAACCAACGCCACGGCAGCGAGUAGUGGCGGCUGUAGAGAUUCCGUCUUACACGCACGCGCAGCCUGUUGAUCACGACAUGGGCCGGUCGCCGAAGCGAAGGCGGUCGAAUGAUGGUCGUGCCGUCCCUGUGUGUGAUGUCUAUCCACAAUCAAAGCGCAGCUCGCAGCAAAAGCCUUCGCAGAUCGCUUCAUCACCACUGACCGAGCUGAACUCGUCUCAAAUGCCGUCGACACCGCAGCCGAGCGUUGACUACCAGACUGUACUGCUUACCCUGGCAGAGGAGUACAUCAGCGCGGCUCACAGCAUGAGCGCCUCUCUGGCCACCGGAAACGCACCUCACGAGCAACAUGAAGAGUACUGCUCGCUCAUAUCAACUGCGAUGGCUUGCCUGGAAUCAGUGCUCAACAACUUCCGCCAGACAGACGCACGGAAAGAGGCCCGGAUCCGUCUCCGUCUUGCGACUCUUCUCGUCGAUGAAUGCGACAAUGACGAAGAAGCAGAAGCAAUCCUGGGCAAGGGCAUUGCUUUGUGUGAACGAAAUCGGCUGACAGAUCUCAAGUACGCGAUGCAGCAUCUUGCCGUCCGCUUGGCUUUCUCGCGAAGUCCCAAAGCCGCGCUCAAGUCUGUCGACAAGCUUGUGCAGGAGGCUGAAGCUCUUCGUCUGACACAUUGGGUUUAUACCUUCCGUUUCUUGAGGGUGUCUCUGGGCUUGCAGCUUGGAACGCACUCAGAACUCUCUUCAAUCGCCAAGCAUCUGGCUGCCCUGCAUGCCACUGCAGAAGAAGACGGCAGAGUCGCGGUUCAGGUCGUAGCGGCAGCUCUGGAAAUCGUUGUGCAUCUCCGUUCCCCAUCUCCCGAUGCUGUCGAUAUGGCUUCCCGUGCGAUGGCAGCUGCUCAGACUCACCAGCUCGGUCCGGAGAUGCAGGCCAUGCCACAAAUUCGAGGCCUUCUUGAUUGCCUCGACGCGGCUUGCAGUCUGCUAAGCUUCAACCCCGACCUAGCGUUCGCGAAAACGCAGCGUAUAGAAACCAAUCUGGACAGUAAGACGCGCGACCUCGCAUGGCGAAAGGACGGGAGCUUUGAGGUCGAGCUGGGUCCAAGUAGCAACGAGAAUCUCGAGCAAGACACUGGUGGCAUCAUGCGAAGAUCGAAAUUCGGCAACGCAAUGCUGAUCUUUCAAUGGAUUACAAAGACUCAGCUGUAUGCUUUAGCCUACGCUUUGAGCGGCUUUAGCAUGAUGCAGAAGACCAUGGCAAGGACUCCUGGUGCCGGAGACAAGAAAGCCGAUGAGUUCCUGUCGGACGGGCUCAAAAUGGCCAGCAUCAAGCCGGAUGUUCAUCGCAGUCCUUUGAGCACUGUGACAGCACUACUGAAUCAACAGCAGGAGUUAAGCACCGUCAUGCGCGUCUACCUCAUAUUCGCACGAUGCGGUCGAUUCGAAUGGGGAUCAGCUCAGACCGCGAUUGCGAGUCUGCGACAGGACCCACAUCUGGUUUCUGGCAGCAACACGGCGAAGCUUCUGCUGUACCUGGAAGCCUCGUGCCGGCAUGGACUCGGCGAUCUGCAGGCUGCACUGGCGCUCUACGACUCUGACGAGCUCAUCUUCGACCCCGAUGCCAAGGCCAAUGCCGCCGAUAAAGACCUGCGCGUGAUGGCAACGCUAAACAGCAUCUUCAUCCGCCGCAGCCUGGGCCCGGAAGAAUACAUGAAAGCCGAACGCCUUCUCGCCACCGUCGAACCCUACUGCCUCAACCACUCGAACAGAGCAAUCUACUCCGCCAUCAACCUCGCCAAAGCCACAGCGCAAGACACCAUCCUCAAAACGAAGCAAUUCCUCCAUCUCGCCGUACAAGCAUCAAAAGAAGCUUCCAACAACCUGCUCAUGAGCGUCGUCAUGAACAUCAUGACCAGCCGCUUCUUCAGUCAAGCCAUCGUCGGGGACCAGGCGGAGAAGAGCGCGCAUGCGGCGAGGACGCUGGCGAAGCAGGGGAAGAACAAGCUGUGGACUUGUGUGGCGGAUGGGAUGUUUGGGGAUAUCAAGGAGAGGUGUGGGAAGCUUGAGGAGGCGGAGAUUGCGCGGAGGGAGGGGAGAGGGAUGUUUGGGGAGUUGCCGGAGGGGGUGCGAGAGGGUCUGCGCAGGUGA